AUGUCAGAAAAGCGAAAGCAGCGGAAGGCGAGGAAGCGCCGGAGUAAAGAACACGGUCGACGAGUUCGAAAACGAGAAGAAGAAUUAAGACGUCGACCUGGAGAAAAGGCGCCUUUCUUCUUUGGCUCGCCUUUCAAAACAUACGAAGUGAACUAUCGCGGACCUGCGGCGAAUUCAUGA